AUGACACACGAGAAGCGAUCUCUCGACCAUCGGCUCUCAGCGGACACGGACAGCGAGCCCCUUGGCCUUCGCACCUCGGCAUUGGAAGAAGUCCCGACUUUUGUCCCUCCCGUUGGGUUCCCAGGCAUGCCCGUCACCCGCCGUAGAAGUACAGCCUCACAAACCUCGCGGGUGACGUUCGAAAAUGACCACUCCGAAGACCUAGAGGAGCUCGUUCGCAGUGCCUCGGCGAUGAGCAAGCACCGAUCUCGGGACCGGCGCGAAUCUCAAGACAAUGUCUUUGAGCUGCCCUCUUUCCCAAGAGCAGCGAAGCAAGGCCCCGUGAGCACAAUCCGCGAAGUACCCUCAGAGUUCACGACGCCACAGUCCACGCGCCCUCCAUCUCCCAUUUCUGGCUUGACCUCGGGACCGCCCUCUCCUGAAGCGACCUCCGGUACGCAGACGCCUGCCGAGUAUGAGAUCGGCGCCGGUCAGGCCUACCCAGAUAUUGGCACCAUCACCUCGUUUCGAGGAGCCGUUGUGCUUCUUUGCACUUGCGGGGCUCAGCUUAUCGAUAAUGUCUUCAUGACAGGGGUCAACAUUGCUCUUCCCGCCAUCCAGAGGGACUUCAAGGUCAAAAAUGGAGAGUUGCAGUGGUUGAUCUCGGCCUACACUUUGACGUUUGGCGGCUUCCUCCUGCUUGCUGGUGUGCUUGCUGAUCGGUUUGGUCGCAAGCUCAUUUUCUGCUCCGGCAUGGCAACACUUAGCAUCUGGACAGUGGCCAACGGCUUUGCAACCUCUUUCAUCCAGCUGGCAAUCUUCCGAGCUCUGCAAGGUAUUGGUGCUGCGAUGACGGUCCCCUCGGCCGUCGGCAUCAUCAGCAACUACUUCGUCGCUAAAGACCGAACUCUCGCGCUGACCAUUUUCGGUGCCGCUGGUGCUGUCGGCUUCUGCCUCGGUCUAAUCUUUGGCGGAUUUCUGACCUCUUCUCUUGGAUGGCGUUACAUUUUUUAUAUCCCCACUGCAGUCAGCGGUGCCCUUGGCGUUCUUGGCUGGAUUCUCCUACCCAAAGACAGGCUCGAGGGCAACUCCAAGCCCAAGCUGGACUUUGUUGGUGCUGGGCUCUCUACAGCUGGCCUCAUUUUGCUCAGCUUCGUUCUAUCGAGCGGUGGCGAGUACGGUUGGGGCAAGGCCUUCAUCAUUGCCCUGCUCAUUCUCAGUAUCGCGUUGAUAGUUGCCUUCACCUACGUGGAGAAGAAGGUCCCCAACCCUAUCAUGCCGCUUUCACUAUGGAAGCUUCAGAACUUUGCCGCUCUCUGGAUUGGCGGCUUUGUUAUGUAUGGCGGAUAUCAGACAACAGUUUAUUACACAACCCUCAUCGCCCAGGAAGUCAACAAGCUCAGCGCCGGCGAAACAGCGCUUCGCUUCCUUCCGAUGGGCGCAACAGGCUUCAUUUUCAGUCUUUCCAUGUCUCGCAUGCUUGAAAUCUUCAACACAAAGUACCUUCUUAUUGCGGGCAUGGCCAUCUGCGCAAUCGCACCUAUCCCUUCGGCACUUAUGAAGCAGGACGACCUCAACUUCUGGAAGCACGUCUUCCCAACCACCGUAAUGGGUGUUGCUGGUACGACAAUAGUCUACUGUACCAUCACCGUCGUGCUUCUGGCCUCGGUACCCGUCAACGUCAAGAGCCUCUGCGGCGGCAUGAUCAACACGGCGUUCCAGAUUGGUAGCGGCGUGGGCCUUGCACUCGCAAGUGCUGUUGUUCAGGCUGUGGACAUAAACAAAGGCCAUAGCCAACUGCAGCAGUUUAACACUGGGCUGUGGUGCUGUGUGGGCCUUGCUGGUAUUGGCGUGGUUGCCAGUACGUUUGGAGUGAAAAACAUUGGAAAGGCUGUCGGUGGCCCGGUAAUUACCCAUUAA